AUGGCCAACACCACCAGCCUGAACCACAUGGUGACGGGUCUGAAGCCAAACACGCUGUACGAGUUCUCCGUCAUGGUGACCAAAGGGCGCCGCACCAGCACGUGGAGCAUGACUGCUCAGGGCACCACCUUUGAAACCAUUCCCAGCUCCUCCCCGAAAGACGUUACCGUGGUGAGCAAGGAGAACAAACCUCGCACCAUAAUCGUCAACUGGCAGCCUCCCUCCGAGGCCAACGGGAAGAUCACUGGCUACAUCAUCUACUACAGUACAGAUGUCAACGCUGAGGUCCAUGACUGGGUUAUCGAACCAGUGGUUGGCAACCGCCUGACCCACCAGAUCCAGGAGCUGACGCUGGACACCACUUACUACUUCAAGAUCCAGGCCCGAAACUCAAAGGGCAUGGGCCCCAUGUCUGAGGCUGUACAAUUCCGAACUCCAAAGACUGAGUCCUCUGAUAAAAUGGCUAAUGACCAAGCGUCAAAUCUGCCACCCAAGCAGGGCCACCCAGGAAACCAUCCAGAUAGCGAUGGAAAUCCAGUUGGGGUUGAAGGCAACAGUGAAGGUCACAUCCUGGUCAUCGUCAUCAUCAUCUCAGUGGGAGCCUUCACCAUCAUCGUGGUGGUGGUCGGGGCCUUCCUGUGCACACGGCGCACCACGUCCCACCAGAAAAAAAAGCGGGCUGCCUCAAAAUCCUCAAACGGCUCACACAAAUACAAGGGAAACUCCAAAGACCUGAAGCCCCCUGAUCUUUGGAUUCACCACGAGAGGCUGGAACUCAAACCCAUGGACAAGUCGCCGGAUCCCAACCCAGUCAUGACGGAAACGCCCAUCCCACGCACCUCGCAGGACAUCACGCCGGCUGACAGCAGCCUAGAGAACAACCCCCACCUCCAGCAGCGGCGAAACUCCUACCGCGGCCAUGAAUCAGAGGACAGCAUGUCUACACUAGCAGGACGACGAGGGAUGAGGCCUAAAAUGAUGAUGCCUUUUGACUCACAGCCGCCGCAGCCUGUGAUUAGUGCUCAUCCCAUCCAUUCCCUUGAUAACCAUCACCACCAUUAUCACAUGGGCAGCCUGGCGUCGCCGACACGCAGCUACAUGUACCACCAGGGCGGCGGGCACCCUCGCCCGCACGCCUGUGCCACCCCCAUCUCACAUCUAGAGAGGGUGGACUCUACAGAGUCGGUGAGGAACACCCCCAGUUCAGAGCCCCUCCCCCCAGCCACCGCCUCCUCCCAGGUCUCCUGCCCCUCGGAGAUCAUGGUGGACCCUGAGGGCAGUUACCACGGUUCCUCCACCACCGAGGAAGAGCCCAGCUACUCCAGCAACCUGCCCCCGCUCCGCUCUGCACACCCCCACGCUCACGCCCACCCCCUCAAGAGCUUCGCCGUGCCUGCCAUCCCAGCCGGCAGCCAUCCGUCGUACGAGUCGUCCGCCCUGCCCAGCCCACAGCUGCACGCUCAGGCCGGGAUUCCUACUCACCCCCAUGUUGUUAAAACAGCCUCUAUUGGAACACUAGGAAGGACACGAACUCCGAUGAUCGUCACCGUGCCCAACGCCCCUGACGUACCAGAGACCAGCAAGAUGCUGGAAGAUGUCGACAGCGUGCUUGCCUCCCUCGCACCCUGCCCCUCCCCCGCCCCCCGCAGUAACCCUGUUCCUCUCCCUCAGAGCUACGAGCCUGACGAGCUAACCGAGGAGAUGGCCCACCUAGAGGGUCUCAUGAAGGACCUCAACGCCAUCACCACGGCGCCAUGAGCACACACACACACCUACACACACACUUUCUCUGUCAUCCACACGUACACAAGGAAAGACACACACUCUAAAUUCAAACAAACACACCCAAACAGGAACCUUGGGAGCCGGAUGCUGGUGGACACAAAAUUGCUUAUUGUGCCCAAAACAAACUCUCACGUCCCCUUGCAGAAAGAAACAAACUCCAGACUGAAACUUUUUUCGGCUUACCUUGCUCAGUCUCAGGAAGGAGAUUGCCAUGAGAGGGAAGACAAAGUGACGCCGCGCUUCAUCUUUUAUGAAGAACCAUUCUCAGAGACAAUGAACUUUAAAACAUUGGUCGCUUUCAACCGGAAGAUUGUGAAUUUUUUCCUCAGCAAAAAUAUGUAUGUAAGGUUUUUUGUGGCGAACGUUUGCUCAAGAUGAGUCAAUGGUUUCAAUGUCAAGUCAAAAGGAGAAAGUCCAAAAAUAUGCUGGUUUUGAUGUUGGUGCUCAUUCAGCGCAUUCUACACACAGUGUUUGUUUGAUUAGUGUUUACUUUGUGCAUUUUGUAUAUCUAUUGGGCCGUUUCAGUGAAGUGAACAUUGGAUAUCAGCCCCCCCUCCCCCUUUACAAGCCUACAUUCAUAAACCUUGUCCUUUUAUUUCUGUUUUUAUCCCCUUGUUUCAUAUAUUGUGCCAUGACUUUUUAUUAUUUUCUAUGUUAUUGUAUUGUUUUUUUACACACAUAUCCUUAUAAACAUGUACAUAUGUUGUGUUUUUUUUAAACUGCCUCAUUCUUCUGAUGUUUCCCAUUGUUUCAUUAUUAUUAUUUUGGAUGAAAGGUGGGAUUAAGAGUGAGUCCUGAAGCUCAGUUUUCAUAUCAAAAGGGGAGAGAAGCCGGAUGUGUUUUACAGUACAUUCUUCUCUGGCAUAGUGUUGUCCCUACAGUAUGUACAUUAAAAACCUUUUAUUUCUCA